CUUGACCCGCAGUAUUGGCCCCGUCGUCGCCCGUGCUCCCGACCCCCAUCUCUCGCUCCCUCUCCCGACCCAGCUCUUUUGUCUCGCGCAAACUAGGGUUGAGCGCCGCCGCCGUCUUCCUGGUCGACGGCGAGCUCCCGCCUGUCCGCCGGCCGCACCCAUCCCCGCCUCCCUAUAUCUCCACGGGAACUCGACCCCAUCGCCCUCUCCCUCCGCGGGAGCUCAGCCACAACGACCGGCCGUCGCAGGACACUGGUCCUAUCCCAUGCCGCCGCCUGGACGCCGCGCUGGAGGCUCUCGCGGCCGCCGGGAGCCGGGACGCGUUCCUCCACAACGCCGUGAUCCGGGGCUUCGCUGACUCGGGCCUCCCGGGCAGCGCUCUGUCCGCCUACCGCUCCAUGCUGGCCGCCGUCGCGCGCCUGACCGCUUCACCUUCCCCGUCCUCCUCAAGUGCUGCGCGCGCCCAGGCUCCUCGACGAUGGCCGCGCCGCCGAGUACCAGGCUCGGCAUAACUGUCUGAUCACGUUCUACGCCAGGCUGAACGCUGUCUCAGCAUUGUCGGGGACGCUGAGAGGGUGUUCGACGGAAUGCCGGCCAGGGGCAUCGUCACGUGGAACUCGAUCGUGGACGGAUACGUGUCCACCAGGGCACUAGGCUCUCGCGCCGCUGGCCUGCUUCAGGAGAUGCACGAGGUGCGGCAUGACAGAGUCGGGAUUAUCCACCACUCUUGCCGUUUGCUUCCUGAAAUAGGCGUUGAUGGAAGGGCAUGGGCUUGGAGGAAGACGCCAAGGUUGGCACCUCUCUUCUUGACAUGUACUGCAAGUGUGGUGCCAUUGCUUCUGACGAAGGUGGCCGCGAUGAUUGAGGAGGUAGAGGGGAUGCUCGGCAUGCCAAUGGAGCAUCUCUGAUGCGCUCCUUGAGCUGGAUCAUUGUCUGCACAGAGACAUCCGCUCCAAGCUCAAGAUGCUCGUCAGCUACGUCGACAACCUCCCUCUAGGAUGCUGUGGUUGACAGGAACUGCUUCUCUUCUAUAGCCGCAGUGUAGAAAGAGGGAACCCAGGAACCCCAUGCCGACAGGAGUUAUGUCUUCCCCACAUCAAAAUCCUUUUGGUUACUGUUAGUUGUGUGAGAAGUGUUUCAAAUCCUGUCAGUUAGUUCCAGCAGCAUGAUUGUUUCUAACUCAUGGUCUGUAAAUUGUGGGACUAUUGUUUAUUUUUGUGACUUGGUAGUAUACAAUUGGAAUGUGAGUCUAGAUCAGGGACUGCCCCUUGACUGCAUCAUCCGUAAGGCCGGAGAAUUCAGACUGCCUUUUUUUUCUUCUUAUCUGCAGGUGAAGAAGUCCGGCAAGAAUGAGAAGGCCGACAUGUCAGAGUUCACAGCGCAGUUGGAUUCCAUUGGGUUUAAGAUAGUCGAGGUCACUGUGGAUGGCAACUGCUUCCUCAGAUUUUGUUCAAAUACUCAUCAUCUUGACAAAAUAGGGGGAUUUUGUAGCUAUCUUUGUUUCACUGUAACCAUUACAUGAUUCAAGAAUCUUCUUUUCUAAACAAUUGUCCAUGGAGAUAAUCAUGAGUGUAAUCAAAUGCAAUGUUUCCACUCUCUAUUUCUACUUUUAGUGUUUUGGAAGACCCUAAGUGGUCGUAGCAAGUCAUUUUAUAGGGGCAUGUAUCGGUCAAAAAGUAAAAGAGUAGUAGUAACUAAAUUGUUGUAGGGUUUAACCUUCAAAUUUUAAGAUGGAAACCCUAAGGAAAAGUCUAUUUUGGUGCCUCAACUAUUAUUGUCUCAGUUUAAUUUGCACCGCAGACUCCAAAACCAUCUAAUGUGCACUCUCAGAUAUGAACCCUUUCUGAUUAUAUCUCAGGGAAGUAUUUGUGCAUGGUGGAGAAAGAAUAUUUGCCAGAGGUUUCCAUUUUCCCCCAAUAUCUAAUAUGUGGGGCCUACUGCUCAGUGGAGAAAGAAUAUUUGCCAGCUAUCUCGCCAAGUAACGCUCGUGAAGCCAAAUUUGGAACAUCCCCAUUCUAAGGAAAAGGCGACAAACUAGUGUGUACUUCCGGAAGGAAGCCAUACUUCAAACCUGGUCACCAUGGAGUUGGUCUUCGAUGGAGGAGGUGCUGGCGGUGCCAACAACUGGAGGUCCCAAAUCAGGGAAGAGGUUCGCGUGUCUCGUGUCUCAGUACUAUCAGAGGCUCUGAUGCAAGCACUGUCACCAGACAAGCCCGAGACAUUGACUGAUCUUCUGAAUGUUGCUGUCAGAUUAGAGAGUCUAAUUUUCGGAGUAGCUGUUAGCGAGGUUGAUUAUAAGUAUAAGCUGUAUACGAGAUUGGAUCAUUUAGAGGGCAUAUCAUCAGAUAAUCAUUUAGAGGACAUUUCAUCAGAUGAUCAUUUUGAGGACAUCUCAUCGGAUGAUCAUUUUGAGGAAAUUUCAUCAGAUUAUCAAAUGCUUGAACCCUCAACUGCGACACUUCUGCGAGGAAUUUUUAGUGAUCCACAGAGUCAAAGCAUUCAGGUACAGAGCAACCUCCACAGGGUGCUAUCUGGUGGUAACACAAAAGCAACAGCGCCUAUAGGAAAUGAAGAGAAGCCUUGCUGUGAUGACAAUGAUAGGAUUAGCGUCCUUCAUGAGAGCAUACUCCAUUGUAUCAUGUCCUUCAUGCCAGCACAGGACGUCGUACGCACAAGCAUGCUAUUCCGAAGAUCACCCCCAUUAUGGACUUCAGCGCCAUGCCUUGAUAUCGAUAUUGAUCACUUUGAUAUGGACAGAGUAAAGUUCAACAAGUUUGCAAAAAGUUUGUUUGAGGGGCGGGGUAAUGCUAAUACAUUGGACAAACUCCGCCUUCACUCUUUUGCCAUUGAUGCAGCCAAGUAUUGGAUCGGUGAUGCUAUCAGACUUCAUAAAGUUAAAUCGAUUGAUUUCACUGAAAAUACAAGAUGGGAAGCUUUUUACUUAGAUCCUGAAGCUAUCAGCUUUAGCUCUAAAUAUCUGCAAACUGUGAAGCUCACUAAUGUUAUAAUAGUCACAUCUGUCUUUGAUCAGCUCAGCCGUGAAUGCGAAUCUUUGGAAAAUCUGCAGUUGGCAGACAGCACUCUUUGUUCUCCUGAGAUUUCAUCAAGUUCAUUGAAGACUCUGGAAAUAAUAAACUGCUUAGUUUUGAAUCAUCUUCUGAUUCGUACUGGCAAGCUGGUCUCGCUAUGCUUCAAGGACACUCGAUGCGGGUGCACUCCAAAAUACAUAGUUCGAACUACAUCAGCAGUAAUCCUAUGUGAUCUUUCAAACGCCAAGAGCAUAGAACUGCCAACACCAGUGAGACAUGUUGCGUUCGAUAGAAUGACUCCAGGGUGCCCAAUGUUCAUCAGUCUGACAAGUCUCAUUCUUGGUGAAUGGUGUCUUUCCAACAAAUUUGCUCCUCUAGCUUGCUUCCUCAAGCACUCUCCUAUGCUUGAGAAUCUUGAUCUGAAGCUCAAGUUUGACUGUGAAGCGCAAAAGCAGCCGCUUCAAAUGGCUGAGGGAAUAUUAUUCCAAGCCAAAAGCCUUAAGAAGGUAACGAUCCACUGCGCCGAAGAGGAGGACAGGCUUCCCGUGUUGAAGGCUAUACUGCUUGCCAAUGCAAGAUGUGUCAAGCACAUCGAUGUCAAGACGUACUAGGAUGCUACGCCAAGCGUUCUUCUGCAUAUGGAAUGCAUCUUUGCAUAGCGCUUUCGCUGUGUGACAUGUGUGAGACCCGAUGUAGCUAGAGAUUUGGUUGUUGAAUGUUGUGUUACAUGGACCUGUAAACAUUUACCGCUGUGCGACUUGUGGGAAACUUGCUUGCUACCAGUUAUCUAAGUUGAUUGAUGAACAUUACAGCUCAUAUGAUA